CACGGCAUGAUUAUAUUUUUCCUCGCGGAGAUCGCCUACGCUCGUAAAUUUAACACCACUACACGUUUCCCGAGUGUAGUAUAACAGGCAUAUAUACACGAGGAUAAUAAUCAUAAAGCAGCUGCCAGUCAACGGCCGAGCCGACGCGAUCGCGAGACGCAAUCCAGCAGCAGCACUGCCCAAAUGAAGAUAAAGCUGCUCGUUUGUGCCCAAACCAAACAACACGUCGUCGUCGCCUGAUUCCUGAACGGACAGGAAUCGUGACUCGCGAGAGAAAAAGAGAGUCAGCGUUUUACUUCGCGCGACCAAUGCAGCAACGGCAACAGCAGCAGCAGCAGUUGUGCCUAACCAUUUUUUUUCCUUGUCUCGCAUCGAUUUCUCCAAUAUUCGAGACAAUAUAAGAACGCGAUAAAGAGAGAGAAAUACUCUCGGGAGUUUUUCGGAACACAGCGUCGGUUGCAGCAGUGUAGUGGCCCGUUCGUACAUAGUACGAACAUAACGCGCGUGUGCGCGAGUGCAAGAGAUUCCUUCGGUCUCUUUACAAGAUUUCUCCGGCGGCCGGAGUUUUUAGUCUGUGUAUCGUACGCACGGAGAAGACACGGCUCUACGGAAUCAUAACCCGCAGCCGAGUCGAGCAAUUACAAUAUCGAUGAAUUUUUUUUCUCUCAACUAUGAAAUAAAUAGUUACAAAAAGAGUUGAAAAAAUUAAAUGGUCGGGCUCGUUCACGCUGUAAUCGAUCGCGAGCACUUGGUGACACUGGAACAACUGGAUUAUUGCAAGUACUUAUAGUACAUACAACUGCAAAAUGUAUGAUGGUAUCUUUGAAGAUUUUGAAAGACUCAAAGCUCAUAUCAACAAAAACGGAUCUGUGGCGUAUGAAGCCUCCGCAUUAUUCGAAUUGCUCGAAGACUUAUAUCCUGUACACGGGUCCGAACAAUCAAUGCAAAUAAUCGCAGAAAUGUACGAUUUGCAAUCAAUCAGAGAUUCUUCGCAAUUACCAAGCACUACAAAAGAUGAAGCUGCGUCUAAUGAUAAAUCAAUUAUUGAUGAUGAUAUCAUUGAGAUAGCUGUACCUAAAAAGUAUCAUCCAGUAAUAGAUCUUACAGAAAACUCUCCCGAACCUAGCAAUGAAGUUGCAGUAACUCCACCAUUGGAAGAAAUUCCUUCUACUUCGAUGAACCAAGCGAGUGGUGAAAAUUCCGAUGCUAAUAAAAACAGCGAUGAGGAAUCUGAAAAUGCUGAUACUAGUGAUGAUGAUCUGGGUAUGCUAGAUUUUGAAUCAAAUGAUUGGGAUUUUGGAAAUGAUUUUCCUAUGUGUAUUACAGCUCCUCCUUUAUUGGAAGAGCUAGAACAAUAUAGACAGGGUAAUCAACAAAAUAGUAAUGAAUCAGAUGGAAUUCAACAGAAUAGUAAUGAAUCAAAUGGAAAUCAAAGGAUAUCUGUAUCAAAUGAAGUUCCUGAAAUAUUGGAAGAAAAUAAUAACGAUCCUAAUAACAAUUUUAAUAAUCAAAUUAAUGAAGAUAAUGAAUAUCAAAAUUUCAUGGAUGAUUUGUAUAGAACUCCUGAAUAUCCUGAAGAGCCACUGAGGUUAACUCCUGAAUAUCAUGAAGAGCCUCUGAGGUUAGUGAUGAAUGAUCAGCCCAGUACAUCAUCAGAGAACUUGAACAAAAAAAUAAAACAAGAAAUAUCAAAACCUGGAUGUAGUACACAUGAUAGUGAACGUUUUGUUAACAAUUCAUUUGAUAGCAUGUCCAACAGUUAUAUGCAUAUUCCAGGAAGUAAUUCAAAACAAAAUCAUAAAAUAGAUGAAGCUGUACCAGGUUGUAGUAAAAAUCUGAAUGAUACAUUUGAUGAGCAACAUUCAGAUAACAGCAUUUUACAAGAUGUAGAAUGUAUCAAAGAAAUUAUACCAUGGGCUCAGGAUGAUAUGAUUCAAAAACUGUUGAAAAGAAAUAUGCACUCUCCUGAUAGAAAGCAGCGGGCUUUGUUAAAAUUAGUCAAACACAAUCCUAAAAAUGAAGAAGCUAUUAAGAAGCGUAAAGUAGAAGACGAUUCUUACAAAAGUUAUCACAAACUUCCUAAGUUUGAGACUAACAAAACUAACAAAGAAGAUUCAAUGAUUACAUCAUCUUCCGCCCCGACUCACUAUAUAAGUAGUAUCAUUUCGAGAGACCCAUCUCGUCAUUCUUAUGUUCACCCAAGCAGCAGUAAAUCUGAUCUCUCAAAAAGUUAUGAAAUGCCCAUGCAUUCAAAAAUGAACACAAAUUCUUAUUUGCCAUAUAGUAAUAAAUAUGUUCCUCUAAAAUUAAAAAUUUCAAAAUCAAAUUAUCAGAACAACACUGAUGUGGUCAGACAGUAUGCCCCAUUGCCCUCACGAAAUUCCGUUAAAAUUAAAAAUGAAACAAUUGUGAGCGGCUCUUUGUUGGCUCCAUCUCAAGAUGCAGUAGCAAUGCCAGCAGGAAUAACUGUAAAUGACACAAAACCAAACUUUGUAGAGGCAUUAGCUAAUAUACCACAAAUUAUACAUAUAAAUCAGACAAAAGAAACUGACUCAAGACUAAAUGUAAAUAAAACUAGCCCAAUCAAGCCAGCAAAAUUAAAUUAUCGGCCUAUAAUUCCGGCGUCAAUUCCAGAUUCAAAUCCAGUACCAAAAAAAAAUAUGUUGAGGCCUUCAUUAUUUGGGUCUUCAUCAAGUUAUGAUGACGACGUGACCAUAUUUCGUAGACCUUUCCCUACAAAUAGUAAUAAUCAAGUACAGGAUUUAAGAUUGCAUGAAGAUAAUAGUACAGGGAAUGGUGUUCAAUUAAUGCCAGAACCAGUAAGAUUAAAAAUUGAUAACAAUGUUCCAAGCACAUCAUCUGCAAAGGAACCUUCAAAGGAAUAUGAUAUCAAAAUCUACGACCAUUUAAGAAGUAUAUUCCCAGAUGUUGAAUCCAACUACAUUAAGCUAAUCGCCAAAAUCCCAGAAGGCCCUGAUCAAAAUAGGGAUAAAACACUCAAUGAUUUGAUUGAUCACUUAUUACAAGUGGGACCACAAUAUACAAGACAAAAGGUGGAAUACAUCCCAGUGCCAGCAGUACAUGCAAGUAUAGAUGAACAGUAUGAUUACCUGCUUGGAAUAUUUCCUGAUGCUGAUCCUACAUAUUUAAGACAUUUUGUUGAAACAAAUAAUCAUAAGGAGCAUGCAGUACAAGAAUUUGUUCAAAGUAAACUAGAGACACGUGAUUAUCCUACAAAAGAACAAUAUUUGGCCAAAAUUAAAAUCACAGAACAACAAAAGCAAUAUACUACUGAUUUUAAAGUUGAAAAAUUUCUGGAAGUUAUACCUGACCCAACUUCAUACUUCGAAAAUCCUAGCAGAAAAUGUACUCAUGAUCCUAUAGGAAAAGAAUUUUUGAAACAUAUAUUUAAUAAAAAUAAGGUUCAUACAAUCUCCAGGGUCUACAGUUCAUCUAAUUAUAAUAUGAGCAUUACUGCAGCUAGUUUAAGCGAAUUAGGCCCAGACAUGAGAUCGAAACGAGCCUCAUCAGACAUGCCUACUGAAAACAUUCCCCUUUUGCAAGAAAUGGCUUAUAUAAAACAUAAAGAUGCCAUAAAACUUCAUAUUGAAAACCUUAGAAUUACAGAAGAACGUCUAUUUAAGGACUUGAAGGAAAAAAAUUUACUUGUUACUUGUCAAUGUUGCUAUAAUGAUGAGUGCAUGCCAUCAAAAUGUGCUCUGUGCAAUGAAGGUCAUACGUUUUGCUACGAUUGUGUGAUUAGAGGUACAGAUUCAAUUCUAGCUGAUGGAGGAACUCAUGUUCAGUGCUUUACAGAGUGCUCCAGUGAAUUUUCUUUAUCCACUUUACAAAAAGUACUAAAGCCAACAAAAUUCAGCGCUUUGUUAACGAAAAGACAGUUAGCUGAAGUUAUGGCUGCAGGUGUGGACGGACUUGUAUCUUGUCCAUUCUGCCACUUUGCAUCCAUACCACCACCAGAGGAUAAAGUAUUCAGAUGUCUGAAUCCUGAAUGUAUGAAAGAAACUUGCCGCCUUUGUAAAGAAUUGAAUCAUAUACCACUAAAAUGCGAUGAAGUCAUUAAGAAAGACAAAGCACUAAGAAUACUAGAAGAAAAAAUGACACAAGCCUUAAUUAGAACAUGUCAAAAUUGUAAAAGACAAUUCUACAAAGAGGAUGGAGGUUGUAAUAAAAUGAGUUGUGUAUGUGGUGCCUUACAGUGUUAUGUAUGCGACCAAUUGAUUAAAGGUUACGAUCAUUUCAACUCGCAAGGAUCAAGGAACACCGACAAGUGUCCACUGUGGACUGAUGAUCGUCGGAUGCACGCCGAAGGAGUCAGGAAGGUAGCCGAGGAUUUGAAGAAAAAUCUACAAAAAAUGAAUCCUAACUUGCAAAUAGAUACAGAAAAAUUAUUGCCGAAGUUGCCUCCUAAAGUUAGAGGACCUCAUGAUGAUAUACCGAAUUCUAAUGUGCUACCUGAACACGUAAGAAGAAUUGCAGAGUCAAGAAUCCUUCCACCUUGAAUGUUUAUAUUCAAAGGCAAUCAUUAUGCUUACCAAAGAUUGCUCUGUCAAAAUUAUAGUUACUUAAUUUUAUUUCAAUGUUUGUAAGCACUCUUUUAUGUUACGUUAUUUAACUGUUCGUUUAUCAUUAUUAUUCAAAGUAUUAGUAAUAUUAAAAAAAUGUGUUGUAAUCUUUCAUCAAGUCCUGAUGUUACUUGUCUGAAAGUUAUGUUUUGAUUAAACGUGUUUACAACGUAA